CUGGUUUGUGGUUUGUGGGUUCGUGUUCUUGUGUCUCAUUUCCACUUCUUUACUCAAUUUUUACAAAGAAAUACUCCAAGAUUUUUCACAAUUUGAUUUUUAAAAUUAAUCACUAUGCAAGGACCAGCUGUUUUUAUGGACAUUUCCCUUGAGGAUCAAGCUCUGGAACUUCGAAGAUAUUUUAAGAGUCUGGGGGCAGAAAUAUCUGAUGAAAAAUCACCAAAAGGCGUUGAGGAUGAUUUACACAAAAUCGUUGGAGUUUGUGACGCAUGUUUCAAGGAGACCAACGAAGCUGACAUCGAAGCUAUUCUGAACAGUGUCGUCUCCAUCAUGGUAUCUAUACCCUUGGAGAGAGGUGAAAAUCUCAUCACAGCAUUCUGUCAAAGGCUCACAAAAGCUCGUGGAUCCAAACUCGGUGUUAUUGUUCUACAGUCAAUUUGGCGACUUUACAACAACUUGGAGCCAAACUCCCCAUUGCGGUAUCAUGUCUACUAUCAUGUAGUGGAAUUGGGAGCUCGCUUUGGUAAUGUGCGUGAAAUUUUCUCUGGUGUUGAGCAGCUGAAGAAAGAGUUCGCCUCUUGCCCUCCUUCCAAUGAACAAAUGCAGAAGUUGUACAGACUGUUGCAUCAGGUUUUGAAAGAUCAGAACAGUGAACUGGCCUCAAAAGUGAUGAUAGAACUCCUGGGCACAUAUACGGAUGAGAAUGCCUCAUAUGCACGCGAGGACGCCAUCAAAUGCAUUGUAACGGCAUUGGCUGAUCCCACCACAUUUCUAUUGGACCCUCUACUCUCUUUGAAACCUGUGAGAUUCCUUGAAGGAGAGCUUAUUCACGACCUAUUAAAUAUUUUUGUAUCUGAAAAACUGUCUAGUUAUCAGGCAUUCUAUAAGAAUCAUAAGGAAUUUGUACAUUCUCAAGGCUUAGACCAUGAUCAGAAUGUAAAGAAAAUGCGGAUAUUAUCAUUUAUGCAGAUGGCAGAGAGCAAUCCUAACAUAACUUUUGAUGAAAUUACCACCGAACUGCAAAUUGAAGAGAAAGAUGUUGAGGCUUUCAUUAUUGAAGUGCUGAAGACGCGGCUAGUGCGCGCACGCAUGGACCAGGCGCAACGCUCGGUGCGCGUGUCGAGCACGAUGCACCGCACGUUCGGGCGCGCGCAGUGGCAGCAGCUACGCGGCGUCCUACAGGCCUGGCGCGCCAACGUGCAGCAGGCGCACGAAGCAAUGAAAUCCGUCGCUGCGGCCCAGAUUGAAUACAAUCAACAACAGUUGAAAGCCUAAUAUAGGUUUCAAACUGUAUUUGUUUAACGCAAAUAAAGU